CCCUGCAUCGCAUCCAAACCGAGUGGAUGGCUGGAGAUCUCCCUCUCUUAGGUUCGGAUUUUCCCACCUUUAAGCAGCCCAAACCCUGAUCUGAGCGAAUCUGAGGGCACCGCGCGUGUCCUAAUUGUCACUGGGAGUGGUUUCCAGGGGUACAGAGGUCAUUUGGAGGGAGAGAGGAAAUGGAGUGCGAGAAAAGGCCAUGAGGUAGGCCGGGGAAGGAGAGCCCGCUCUUUCCAAUUCCAGGUAAUCAUCUCUCGCAGCAGCCGGAGGAGAAGCUCAGGAAGGAAGGAAGAGAAAAAGGGGGAGAGAGAGAAAGAGAGAAAGGGAGCAGAGCAGUUCUUAUUUUUGAAAUAUUAUACAUUUCUUUUCUUUUUCUCCGACCGACGAGACGACAGACGGAGAUCUAGGAGAGGAGGGAAGAGAGGGAGACUCGCCCGCCUUGUCGUCAACACGUCUUUAUUCCGGUGACCGGCUGGAUAGAUAGAAAGAAAGAAAGCCGAGAAGGAAAAAGAGAAGAAAAAUCGGAACUUUGUCCAACCACUCCGUUUUCUCUCUCCUUUUCUCUGGUGGUUGUUGCUCGUCCGUCCGUCCGUCUGGUAUAUGCAUGGAGGCGAGGGAAAGCGUCGUGGCGAGCGGGCCUUCUGAAGUUGGAGGAGGAAAUGGAGUGAAGGACUCUCCGUCUUCGACCCCAUCGCCAUCUCCGACUCCGUCCCCGCCAGCUGCCUCGGGCGCGGUCGGGAUGGGAGCUGUGGUGCCGCCGCCGCCGCUGGGCAUGGAAAUGGAGGCGGGCGUGGGGGUGGGGAUGGGGAGCGGCCCCUGCGAGGACCUUGCCCGGAAGAAGAGGGGGAGGCCCCGGAAGUACGGGCCCGACGGGAGCAGCAUGGCCCUGGCGCUCUCUCCAACCUCCUCCUUCUCCCCUUUCUCUCCCGUCGGCGUCGACUUCUCUUGCAAACGGGGUAGAGGGCGGCCACCAGGCUCCGGCAAGCGCCAGCUCCUUGCAGCUCUCGGGGAUUGGUUUGCGUACUCUGCUGGAGGGAAUUUCACACCGCAUGUCGUGACCAUAGCCACAGGGGAGGAUGUUGCUUCGACGAUACUCUCCUUCUCCCAAAAGGGCCCCCGGGCGAUUUGCAUUCUCUCUGCAAAUGGAGCUAUCUCCAAUGUCACUCUGCGACAGCCAGGUUCUUCUGGCGGCACCUUGACAUAUGAGGGUCGCUUUGAGAUUCUAUCUUUAUCUGGCUCCUUCACGGUCACAGAAACUGGUGGUGUACGCAGUAGAACUGGUGGGAUCAGUGUCUCGCUUGCUGGCCCCGACGGUCGCGUGGUUGGUGGAGGAGUUGCCGGAUUACUGCUUGCUGCCAGUCCAAUUCAAGUGGUGGUCGGGAGCUUCCUGCCAAACACUUUCAAGGAGCACAGAAGGAAGGCUACCCCGGAAUCGACGUUCUCGCCGAUUCCAACAUCUACUACUGGAGUACUCACAGCAGCAAGGCCAAUUUCUCAGGCAACUCCUGAUGAUGACUGUGAAACCCCGACCUCAACGGUAGGUGGGCAAAGCCGUGGAGAUGCGGAAAACAGCAUGAGCAAUAUUAACCCCACAAACACGAACUCCUCUUCUUUCCGGAUGGCGGCGGCGGCCGGUUGGCAUAAUGGUCUGCAGUCAUCGGAGCACAAACCUUCUCCUGAUAUUAACAUAUGCUUACCCGCGGAGUAGAAUCAAGAUAGCUGUCUUAAUUUCACUCCUAACGCUGCUAGCAUAUUUACUGUUCUAACAUGCAGGGUGAUGCUUUUCUCCGUUAGGUGUUAGGCGAGGGUUAGGUUUUCGAUAAAUUUUUUUUUUUCCAAUUAAUGUUUUACGUCUGUAACCGUAUACCUAAAAUUCUCCGGGUGUCUGUUGUUGUUGUUGUUGUUCGUUCUUUUGUUAUUUAUCUAAUGGUAGCUUGAGGGGACCGGUGAUUUGUCGAUGGAUCUGCUUCUCCAGUGGUGAAAGGUUAUGCAUUAGAU